AUGUCCGCUGAAUCCUCAAACAUCUGGGACAAGGAUGACGAAUGGGCCGGAGUGAGCAGCUCCAGAGAGCGAAGGAAACGGCAGAACCGGCUCCACCAACGAGCGUAUCGUGCCAAAAAGCGGCUCGAGAAGUUCCCUGUCGCACUACAUGCCGGUCUCGACGUGCCGUCUAAAGCUGCUGCGGCUGGUGGCCCGAAACUGAGCGUCUCGGCCGUCAUCCAGUCUACGACCUCCCGCCAAGAGCAAGCUCGGCUCUUCACAACCGUCAUCGAUCAGCUCCCCCUCUUGAUCCUCGUCAGGUGCACCGGGCUCCACGAGAGAAUCAAGGAGUUCCUGCAGAUGGCGUUUACCAACUGGGGCCUGAACCUCCCCGCGGCGCGCGACCUGCCGCUCGUCACCCGGCUAAACACCUUUGACGCGCUGGCCCGCAACGCGCUGAUGCUGCAAAUACCGUUCGAGAUGCUGGAAACGGACGAGUUUUGUUCUCUCUUCAACUACCAGGGGCCUAAUACACCAGAUCGGCCGAGUCUUCCCGAAACGUUACGUCCGACCGAACUGCAGAGGGCUGUGACGCAUUAUUCCUGGCUGGACCUAUUCCCCAUUCCCAAGAUGCGGGAUAACAUACUGCGGGGCAUUGAGGCGGGGAUAUAUGACGAGGACGUCUUGUGCGAAACACUGUGCUGCGAGCUGCUGAAUCUGGAGGACGGGACGAACGCGGCUCUCGUCGUAUGGGGCGAGUCUUGGGACGCCGCGGGGUGGGAGUUUAGCACGGAGUUCUUUUCAAAAUGGGGUCCCUUGUUGCAUGGCUGCGAUGAAGUACUGGAAUCGACAAACUACUGGAGGCGCAAGAGGGGUGCAAGAUGUCUUGAAUUUCAAGAUAUUCCUAAACUCAAUGACCAAGUCAUAAUCGUCACCGGCGGAAACGCAGGACUGGGAUUCGAAACGGUGAAGCAGCUCGCAUCCCGCAAUCCCGCCCGCAUCUACCUCGCCGCCAGGUCGCAGGAGAAAGCCGAGCAAGCAAUCAAGGACAUCCAAACAGCAAACCCCGCCGCAAGGAACAUCAGCUUCCUCAAGCUCGACCUCGCAUCCCUCGAAAGCGUGAAAGCCGCCGCUUCCGCCUUCCUCUCCCAAGAGACCCGCCUCGACAUCCUCAUCAACAACGCGGGCAUCAUGAUGACCGCAGAGGGCCUCACCACAGACGGCUACGAGAUUCAGUUCGGCACCAACGUCGUCGGCCCCGCGCUCUUCACCCAGCUGCUUCUCCCCACCAUGCGCGAGACCGCCAAACUCAACCACGAAACACGCGUCGUGAUGCUCGGAUCUGCAUCCCACUCGAUGGCGCCGAGCGACGUCUACAACUUUGCCGAGUUCCGCACCACGAUGGCCGACCGCGCGACGACGCAGCGCUACACGAUUUCCAAACUGGCCGAUCUGCACUACGCCAAGGCCCUCGCAGAGAGGGAGCAGAGUGUCAAGAUUAUCCCCGUGCACCCCGGCAUGGUCGCGACGAAUCUCCACCACGCUUCUGUGGGGCUUUUUCUGCGGCCGUUCCUGUAUGCGGCCGGUGUGUUCGCCACGCCUGUCGAAAAGGGCGCUCUGUCCCAGAUAUGGGCGGCUGUCAGCCCGGAGGCGAAGAGUGGGCAGUACUACGGCCCGAUUGGGAAGGCGGAGUCGGGAUCUAAGGCGAGUCAGAACCGCGAGCUUCAGGAGGCGUUGUUUUCGUAUAUUCAGACGGAGUUGGAAGGUCAUGUUGAGAAGAUGGCGUAG